AUGAUCUUCGCCAAAGCACUGGCUGAAAAAGCCGUCAUCCUCGCCAAGAAGCACCUCUUACCUGUCUCUCAGCACAUACUUUCGUCUUCGCGCCCAUCUUCUACUGGUACCGGCGUGCGCAUUACGUACUUUGGUCGCAGGUUGGACGUUGAUGUGCGCGGGCGGUCUCCUGCGCAUAUGGUGUCAACGUGCACUCGGCCGUUUCUUCCCGUGAGAGCUCCGUGA